AUGUUCCAGUGUUUUAGGCUAUUAAGACAAAUCCCGAAAAUAGCUCGCAGUCAUUCCCUCUUUACUCGGUGUACAGUCAAAAAUCCGAAAUUCCAUAAUGAUGUUAAUAUAUUAAUACACCAUAACGAUGCUCUGGAGAAAAAAUACGUUAUCAAAGAUUCACCAGAAUCUCCGAAAAUGUUAACAAGUAUUUUGGGAAUGACACUUCACUUAGGAAUAACCGAAUCAAAUAACCUCGAUAGAUAUCCAUCACAAAAUAUAGUUCCCAUUCAACUAAAGAAUGAUAUCAAAAACCGCAGACGAAAAAUGAAAAUUCAUCAGAAAAGAAGAUUGCAAAAGCGUCACGCAGUGCUAACGCGUAAGCUGCAGCUGAUGAGGGAGAAAAAGGAGGAGAAAAAACUGCAGGAACUGUUUGAAUUUUGGAGGAUCCGUUCAGAAGCAUGGGAUCCAGCUGAAAAAGUUGAAAAUAGAUUACAUUUGGCCCGAAGAUCAGGUUAUUACGUUGAUAUACUUAAAACUAAAGGCAGUCCAUUCUUAAAGGAAUAA